CCUCCCUUGCAAAUCCAAGAAACCACCCAACAACUACCACCCGAACCGUUCGAUCGUCCCUACCCACCCAGCCAUGAACCCUCUCGAUCUUACCUUCGUCUCAGUCCACAAUAGCGCCAGCUUCGACCAGUCUCUCCAUUAGAUCUCCAUGCUCGAGCUGGCUAUCGCUACUAAGAACUUCUCAUCGGAUCUCAUAAUUGGUGACGGUAGCUUCGAACUUGUCUACAAGACCACUCUCUCUAACAACGUCACCAUUGCCAUCAAGAAACUCAAUCGAGAUGCCUUCCAGGGCCUGCAUGAAUUAUGGGUCAAAAUGGAAAUGCUCGGGAAGCUUAGCCACCAGAACAUGGUGAAGAUUCUGGGUUACUGUUUAAUGGGUCAUGAUCGAAUUCUUAUCUACGAGUUUCUUGAAAAAGGAAGUGUGGGCCAAUGGCUGCAUGACACGUCAUCACCGGAGGAGCGCGAACUGGCAAAUUGGCAAGCGUUGUUAUCCUGGAGGACGAAGAUUAAGGUCAUAACAGUAAUAGCUAAUGGGCUGGCUUAUUUACUUGGGCGAGACACACUCGUUAUCUUGGAAGACGAACAUUAAGGUCGUAAGAUGAAGGCUAAGGCAAGUUCACGUCAUGAGAGAUGAUGUGACAAGGGUGGGGUUCAUAAGACACAGUGGCAAAAAAAGGGUUAAAAAAAGGCGUAAACGUGUGACCAUUUGCAUUCAAUGAAUAGUAUCGUUAGCU